UAUUAAGAUAGUGCAUUUUCUGCCGCCACCCUUUUGGAACUGUUCUCCGUUUUUUUCUCUGAUAAUAAUAGCAGCCAGUGUUAUUGAGCGCCUACUAUCUGUAGGGCACAGAGCCAAGCACUGUAUGUACCCAUCUUAUUUAAUCAACAGGACUGCCAGGUAGGAAUUCUUUCAUUUCAGAGUUGAGCAAACUGCAUCUCAAGGAGGUUGGCGCUGCAGGUAGCUGAUGUGGCCAGGAUUUGAACCCACAUUUUAUAUUCUUUGCCAUUAGAUUCUAUUUUUCUUGUGUCUUAUUUCUCGCCAGGUCUCUUUUUGUUUCUGGGCCUCUUUCCUCCUUGGCCUCCUGCCUCCCUGUCUUCCCAUGUUCUUGUAUCUGCUGUUGCUUGUAUCGUUCUCAUUGUGUCUCUGCUUAGCUCCUUCUGCCCGGGUUUGGGUUUCUGUGUGUCUCUCUCUGUCCGGGUCUGUCUCUAUUUCUUGUCAGUCCCCUUCUCCAUAUUACAUCAUCUCAUCUUUUUAAUGUGUCAGGCUGGGGCUGCUUUGGGACUCCGGAGAUUUUCUUUUUAACUAGCUACAUCUGUCUUCAGGUGCCUGGCUCUCUAGUCUGAGUUCGAAGCAGAGGUCAGCCUCUGUCAGUCAUCCCUGUCUCCCCUGGGCUUACAUCAUGGUGGGGCUUUGAAAAUCUCCCUCUGUGGCUUAUUGGAGCCGUAUAGACCGGUGAUGAGAGCUGGCUCUGGAACCAGGCUGCUCCAGGGGUAAGGAGCCCAGUCUCUGCAUGUAGUAUUGAAAAAUGUCAUGUCCCUCUUAUGCUGAGUGAGCACCUGGGACACAGCUGGGACCCAGGCAGUGGGGCUGUUAGGUUCCUUAUCUCUCCUGAGCCCUGGGCUUCCCCUGUCCUUGGGACGUCUGGUCUUCUGGCUUCCCUGGUUCUUCCUGCCGCCCUGGAUGCGGUGACCUGCCAGCGCCUGCUGCAGCCUUCGUCCAGGAGUCACCCCGUCUCUCCACGCAUCAGGGGCCCUGUGCCCCUUGCUGCUGCAGCCGGGCACCAUGUCGACCUCGUCCUUGAGGCGCCAGAUGAAGAACAUUGUCCACAACUACUCAGAGGCGGAGAUCAAGGUUCGAGAGGCCACGAGCAAUGACCCCUGGGGUCCGUCCAGCUCCCUCAUGUCAGAGAUUGCUGACCUCACCUACAACGUCGUCGCCUUCUCGGAGAUCAUGAGCAUGAUCUGGAAGCGGCUCAAUGACCAUGGCAAGAACUGGCGGCACGUCUACAAGGCCAUGACGCUGAUGGAGUACCUCAUCAAGACCGGCUCAGAGCGCGUGUCACAGCAGUGCAAGGAGAACAUGUACGCCGUGCAGACGCUGAAGGACUUCCAGUACGUGGACCGCGACGGCAAGGACCAGGGCGUGAACGUGCGUGAGAAAGCCAAGCAGCUGGUGGCCCUGCUGCGCGACGAGGACCGGCUGCGGGAGGAGCGGGCGCACGCGCUCAAGACCAAGGAAAAGCUGGCACAGACCGCCACGGCCUCAUCAGCCGCUGUGGGCUCAGGCCCCCCUCCUGAGGCGGAACAGGCAUGGCCACAGAGCAGUGGGGAGGAGGAGCUGCAGCUCCAGCUGGCCCUGGCCAUGAGCAAAGAGGAGGCUGACCAGGAGGAGCGGAUCCGUCGCGGGGAUGACUUGCGGCUGCAGAUGGCGAUCGAGGAGAGCAAGAGAGAGACCGGGGGCAAGGAGGAGUCGUCCCUCAUGGACCUUGCUGACGUCUUCACAGCCCCAGCUCCUCCCCCGACCACAGACCCCUGGGGGGGCCCAGCACCCGUGGCUGCUGCCGUCCCCACGGCUGCCCCCACCUCGGACCCCUGGGGCGGCCCCCCUGUCCCUCCGGCUGCUGAUCCCUGGGGAGGUCCAGCCCCCACGCCGGCCUCUGGGGACCCCUGGAGGCCUGCUGCCCCUGCAGGACCCUCAGUUGACCCUUGGGGUGGGACCCCAGCCCCUGCAGCCGGGGAGGGGCCCACGCCGGAUCCAUGGGGAAGUUCCGAUGGUGGGGUCCCGGUCAGUGGACCCUCGGCCUCUGAUCCCUGGACACCGGCUCCAGCCUUCUCAGAUCCCUGGGGAGGGUCACCUGCCAAACCCAGCACCAAUGGCACCACAGCCACCGGGGGAUUCGACACGGAGCCUGACGAGUUCUCUGACUUCGACCGACUCCGCACGGCACUGCCGACCUCCGGGAGCAGCGCGGGAGAGCUGGAGCUGCUGGCAGGAGAGGUGCCGGCCCGAAGCCCUGGGGCCUUUGACAUGAGUGGGGUCAGGGGAUCUCUGGCUGAGGCUGUGGGCAGCCCCCCACCUGCAGCCACACCAACUCCCACGCCCCCCACCCGGAAGACGCCGGAGUCAUUCCUGGGGCCCAAUGCAGCCCUCGUCGACCUGGACUCGCUGGUGAGCCGGCCGGGCCCCACGCCGUCUGGAGCCAAGGCCUCCAACCCCUUCCUGCCAGGCGGAGGCCCAGCCACUGGCCCCUCCGUCACGAACCCCUUCCAGCCCGCGCCCCCUGCGACGCUCACCCUGAACCAGCUCCGUCUCAGUCCUGUGCCUCCUGUCCCUGGAGCGCCACCCACGUACAUCUCUCCCCUUGGCGGGGGCCCUGGCCUGCCCCCCAUGAUGCCCCCAGGCCCCCCGGCCCCCAACACUAACCCCUUCCUCCUAUAAUCCAGGGCGGAAGGGGGCCUGGCUCCAUCCAGCUGCCCCAUUCUCGCUCUCUGGGAGAUCAGUGUUGUGAGUGCAUGUGAAAUGGGGGAUCCCUGCCCCCAGUGCCCUUCCCCCUCCUGGGGCCCACUCACACUACAUCCUCUUCCUUUCCCACCCCACCUCCCCGGAGGGAAACUGGACAUGGGGCCUGGGGAGGGGAGCUGGCCAGAGGAGGACCCCUUUCCCGUGGCAUUAGAAGGGGGAGGGGCGGCUGGGGCCCCCACCUAUUCCCCCUCCCUCCAAACUCUCAACCCUCAGUCAGUGUUUGAGCCUCCUUGUUCCCCUCACGCACCCCCUCAUGCACCCUCGGUGAAUCCUUGGUGAUGAUUUUGGCAACUUUGGGAAUAAAUGGCAAUUCCCACGGGCUUGGC